AACUGAACUGUCGUCAUUCAGUCCAAUCCAAUAUGACACUUUUUUUUAUUUAAAAGCUAAACAUGAGAUACACGAGAAUUGCUGUAAAUUUUUGUAAUUUGAAUUUGUUCUCAUUUAUUUAGAAGCAAGUACGACAUUGCAAAGUGACCAGAGCUAGUUCGGAUAUGCCAUCGGCUACAUUAGGUAGCCUACAGCUACCUAAUAAUGAAGAUUGCGGUAUAAGAGAUGUGUGGGCUCACAACUUGGAAGAGGAAUUUCGGACAAUUCGCCAGAUAAUCCAAAAAUAUAACUAUGUAGCCAUGGACACAGAGUUUCCAGGGGUAGUAGCUAGGCCCAUAGGCGAAUUUCGAAGCUCCGCAGAUUAUCAGUACCAAAUGUUGCGUUGCAAUGUUGAUUUACUAAGAAUCAUUCAACUAGGACUUACUUUUUUGGAUGAGAAUGGCAAAACGCCGGGGGGAAGUUACACCACUUGGCAGUUUAACUUUAAAUUUAACUUACAAGAAGAUAUGUAUGCACAAGACAGCAUUGAUCUGCUAACAAAUUCUGGAAUUCAGUUUAAAAAGCAUGAAGAUGAAGGCAUAGAACCAUUGGAGUUCGCUGAACUUCUUAUGUCCUCUGGAAUUGUUCUCGUUGAUAACAUUAAGUGGCUCAGCUUUCACUCAGGUUAUGAUUUUGGAUAUUUGAUUAAACUCCUCACAGACAACAACUUGCCACAAGAUGAGAAUGAGUUUUUCGACUUACUCAAACUAUAUUUUCCCACAAUUUAUGAUGUUAAGUACCUCAUGAAAUCCUGCAAAACACUUAAAGGAGGACUUCAAGAAGUAGCUGAACAAUUGGAACUUGAACGGGUGGGACCUCAACAUCAGGCAGGAUCAGACUCUUUAUUAACAGGAAUGGCUUUUUUUAAAAUGAAGGAGAUGUUUUUUGAGGACACGAUUGAUGACAUGAAGUUUUCCGGACACCUCUAUGGCCUAGGCACGUCAUUUGCUGUCAACGGAGCAAACAGUUACGGUCAAGAAAAUGGCGAAAACACAAACUCUAAUUAGUUUUCUAUCACGCCCAUACUGAUUUUCCCUGUUAUACUAUUUAGUUUUCAAAAAUUUUCAACUUUUGUAUCAUAUCGAAAUUUAUUUGUAAAAUAUUGAUUUUUGAAUGGAAAUGUCAAUAGUUUAGUUUAUAGGGUAGUAUAUUUCAAGAUAACCCAAAAAAGUUUAAUUGUUCUGUUCUUUAUUAUGUAAUAAUCUUAAAUUGAAUACUUUAUAGCUUCGAAAUUUAUAUUAAUCUUUUUUGUAAUUUUUAUAAAUCCCGCAUUGAAAUAAAAAAAGUUAUAUAAUUAA